CUUCUUAAGAGUUCGAAGGACGCUGCUUUUUGCGGCGCGGUCAGCCGAGUUCACAUGCUGCUUCUCCCUGUCGUUUUCCUUCGCUGCUCUUGUCUGCCGUCUCGACUGCUCCUUGCCUUUGUAGGUUUUAAGUGUGCUUUCCCUUCCAGUUCUCCGUGUAGCUCUCUUUCUCUUCACUGUCUAGACACCGCAGCUGACGACUCUCUUUUCUGCGUCUUUGGACGCCGUUUCGGCAGGGCCGCAACUUGCGACAGAUAAGUCUCUUGUUCUCUCGCAGCCGCAGAGUGCCGCAUUUGUUUGAGACUUUGCACUGCCACAAUGCAGGUUCGAAGUCGAACUUUGUAGAGACUGCAUAGCUUCCAAGUAAAUCCAGGAACGCCAUCGAAGGGAGAAAAUGGGGGCUUCUGUUCGCGAGUUGAUGAAAAAGGAGAAGGAAAGACGCGAGAAGGAGAGAAGGGAGAAAGAACGGGAGAAAGAACGCAUUCAACAGGCCUUUGCAGCAGCUCAUGCGAGUCCUUCUCUCCCCACCGCUUCGUCUGCUUCCUCGUCUUCUUCCUCUUCUUCUUCACUCUCUUGUCCCUCGUCUUCGUCUGUCUCCGCCGUCGCCGUCGUCUCCUCCGCCUCUUCGUCGUCGUCUUCGCCUCUCUCUCAAGUGAAGACAGAAAAGAGAGACAAGACAGAUACUACGUGUGACAGCCGCUUCGCUUCUUCUCGUCCCAACGCGGAGACAGAGGAGACAGCUGUCUCCCCAUGCAGGCCGGCGGCAGACACCUGCAACCUUCUUGCGGGAGCGUACGGCGAGGAUGAGGAAGAGGCGAACAGCGAGGAAGGCCGAGAAGGAGACAGCGUACGCGGUUUAGAAGAAGGAGACGCACACCCAAAUGCUCGCAACGAAGGCGCGGACAGAAGCGGUCUUCCGGCGGACUUCUUCGAUGCGUCUUUCGGAGACACUCCAGAAGAGAAGAACGCCGAACUGGAGAGCGAAGAAGAGCGACAGUUCGAGACAGACCGAGCGCGAGAGACGCCCCGGCGCAGCGGCAUCUCGCGUCUUGAGGACUUCGUCAAGGAGGCGGAAGAAGAAGAUGUGGAAGUUGCUUUCGAGAUCGAAGAGCCGAGCGCCGAUCUCCUUGUGCCUCUGCCUAAGGCCGUCCCAACCUCUUCAGAUCCAGAGACCAACCUCGCCAGUGAGGACAGAACAACGCUGCAAGAGGCGCGAGGAGACACUGGAAUGGGAGAGGAGACACCGCUGCGUGUGGCGAAAGCUGAGCAACACAACGGAGGGGAAGAACCGGCCAAGAGCGACAUGCGAAGCGAGAGAGAAACGAACGAGGAAGACGAACUCGCUUCUUCUGUCACUGCGGCCCUCCUCGUCUCUUCUGUUGACGAGAUGCACUGGUACCAGCCGUACGCAACAGCCUUACACAGCGAGAUUCUGCACGAAGAGACGCAGUUGGAGGAUCUGCGCGAGAAGGUGGAGGCGGCGAGGCGCCUGCGAGCUGCGGCGCGCGAAGAGGCGGGGGAGGCGCGGCCGCGCGGUGGGGGAGUCAAACGCCAGGGCGAGCGAACGGGGAAGGACGAGACGGAGCUGGCGACAGAGUUCCUUCUCGCCGUAGAACGCGAGAUGAAGCAGCCUGGAGAGCGAGGCUCUCGCGGAGACACCACCGCGAAGGUCCCUCCCAAAGAGAAAAGGAGCGAGAACAAGGGGGAGAACGAGAGCGAGAACAAAGCGGAGAACAAAGACGAGCUCCCGGCUGGCUUCUUCGACGACGAAGAGCGAGACGCAGAGGCGAGAGGUCUUGUGGGGUCGCGGAAACUCAAAGAGAUGCUCGCGCGGAUUGCGGAGAAGCGAAGAGAAGUCGCGGACGAUUUGCGGCUGCAGAAAGAAGACGUCCUUCAACAGAGACAUGACAUCAGACGGUUCUUCUCCGAACUCGAAGAGGAAGAGCAGAAGGCGGCUGCGUACCGCAUGCGCGUGGUGAAGCUGAAGGAGACGCGAGAGCGAGUGCAGGAAUGCCAACGGACUCGCGGCGACCGUGGAGAAGAGCGCGGGGACACAGUGAAGAGUGGAGAGACGAAGAAGGAACUGGACGACAGCGCAGACGAGAUGGAAGCCACAGAGACUGGAGUCAAGACUCUCCAAAGCGACGACCACAGCCGACAUCCACAUGUAAAGCGCAAGAGAGAACGCGAGGAAGAAGACGAGGAAGAAGAGGAAGAAGAAGAGGAAGAAGAAGAGGAAGAAGAAGAGGAAGAAGAUGACGAAGAAGACUUUGCAUGGCGUGCCAAGUCUCUACUCAAGGCCUAGGGGAUCGGUGGGAGGGUCGAGGGAGACAUGGCCGAGAAGAAGCAAACUGCUACACACGAGAGUCGAGAGAGUACGCAAACAGCUAGGGCGCUUCUUGCUUUCUUAUCGCUUCGCGCGCUGUGGCACUGUCCUUGUUUUUUUUGCGCGUUUGUUCCUCUUCUGGCUCUUUGUCCUCAUGGAGGGCCAUGUCUUGUUCGUUUUUCUGCGGUCAGAGGCUCAGCUGUUCUCUCCAAGAGCACUGCGAGAAACCGACAAUGGUCGCUGCCUUCCUCUGCUCUUCUCUGUCGUUCUCGUCUUUUCGGCUGCUUGGUUUGAAUGAGACGCUUCGUGGAGUGCACAUGUGCAGCCCUGGCGCCUUUUUCCUUGCCUGCGUUUAGUGAAACUCCUGGUUAAGAGAAAAGAAGUAAUAAAUUCUGGGAUCUUGCGUUUUCAUCUGCAUGGUCUUGGACAGAAGAAGAGUGCACAGCGAAGAGCCGCGCUCUCGCCUGCAUGCUUAUGUAUUUGAAUCAGCACUGAGGACCGAACUUGGCAACACAACAGCUCUUGUGACUUCGUGAGAAAGGAGAGACUGCAAUUGAAACCUCCAGAUUCCACGAAAGAGACUCGGCGUCCAAAAUCCCUGGCUCGAGAAGCGCAACGCGAGAGUGCUGUCAGUCUCUGAAUCAACUGCUCGUCAAAAAGCUUAAGAGGCUCCUGAAGCGCUUCCGAGGCAGCCUGCUAGAGAUCUGGAACUACGAAAAGUCUCGUCGAUCUCCGCAAAAAUGCCGGUCAAGGCCGCAUAAGCAACAGCGAAUGCGAAACGACCUUCACCACCGCUCCACUGCGCUGCUCAAGACACUUUCUCCCCCGGUUUUCUUCUCUACUUUAAAAGGUACAGGAUGCGGGAGAAGGGAGCUGCCAAAGUGUAGACUCGACGGAGCCUCAGCAGGUGGAGGUGAUGAAACUGCAGGUUCAGAUGCUGCUAAUGGUAUCGCGUUGGCAGAGACUUCGAGAGCAACAGCGCUGCCGCAUGGGAGGCUGGCACCUGAUCCGAAACUCCUUGAGCGCCGUUGACGCCUAGGCGCAUGCACUCCGCGACUCCUUGCGCGUUUCGGGGAAGGAUCAUGUGUGCGUCUGUGCAUGCCUAAGUGGACUACGCAUGCGGCGACAGAUGUCCGGUGAGACAUGUGAAGUGAGAAAAGAGUUCGGCGCUGCGUGUGCCUUUCAUUCAAGUUGUUUCAACGACCUCCACUUGCAUUCAAAGGGACAUGUCCACCUUUACGCGCCGACAGCAAACACCAGCAUGGUUGUUCAGAGCUUGGCAGGGAAGCCUCUUCUGCAAGGGGAUGUCUCGAAUUCCAACCUUUGCACACUUGACGUUCCUGAGAAUCCGAGAACUCUUUUUAAUCCACUUUCAUCAGAGCGCCCGGUUGAAAAACAGAAACCACAUCGCUCCGGGGCCGGUUCCGGAGGAUGUCUUUAAGCAGGGGAUGACAUGGGCAUCGAAAAGAAACGUAGACUCUGCACAGAGCCAAAAGAAACCAGA